AAACAAAUCAAAUCAAGAGCGAAAGUGAACUUUGACCCACCCAUUGACUGAGCCUGACUGACUGUACCGGUAGCGCUAGCACUAACGGACCGUGUCACUGCUCGUAACCUCGUUCAGAGCAGCAACGUUGAUUAGGGCUGAGAGCUUUGGUGCCAUCUAGAUCUAGAAAAUCUAGUUUUGAAAGAUAACAAAUAUCAUGGCAAAACCUCUGGGGUUGUUGCGGCACUGUGUGCGAAGUCUUCAGAAGGUACAGCUGGUCUCAGGUCAGAAUCAUGGACAGCUGGGCCAACAACACGUACGAUGUGCCUCAAGUCUCAUUGACCUACCAGAAACUCACGAACUGUUGAGGAAAACGUGUCGAGACUUUGCCGAUAAUGAGCUCAUUCCUGUCGCUGCCCAGUUAGAUCGAGAUCACAUGUUCCCCAAAGAGCAGGUUCGCCAAAUGGGAGAGCUGGGCCUCAUGUGCAUGGACGUGCCAGAGUCUGACGGGGGCACGGGGCUGGACUAUCUGGCAUACGCCAUCGCCAUGGAGGAGAUCAGCCGAGGCUGCGCGUCCACGGGAUGCAUCAUGAGUGUGAAUAACAGCUUAUACUUGGGCCCGAUUCUAAAGAACGCGACGGCAGCGCAGAAGGAGAAGUUCAUGACGCCUUUCCUGAGUGGGGAGCAAGUGGGAUGUUUUGCUCUCAGUGAACCCGGUAACGGCAGUGAUGCGGGGGCUGCCUCCACCACAGCACAGCUACAGUCAGGCCAGUGGGUUCUCAACGGGACCAAAGCCUGGAUCACCAACGGAUACGAAGCCGGAGCAACUGUGGUGUUUGCUACCACAGACAAGAGCAAAAAGCACAAGGGUAUCAGCGCGUUCUUGGUGCCCAAACCGAUGGAGGGGCUGUCACUGGGCAAGAAGGAAGACAAGUUGGGGAUCAACGCCACGUCCACCUGUUACCUCAUCUUUGAGGACUGCGCCAUACCCGAGGACUACCUUCUGGGCCAGCCAGGCAUGGGGUUCAAGAUUGCUAUGCAAACCUUGGACGCUGGCAGGAUCGGGAUCGCUGCUCAGGGCUUGGGGAUUGCCCAGGCGGCCCUGGACUGUGCCGUUGACUACGCUCUCAAGAGGAACUCCUUUGGGGUGCCCAUUGCCAAGAUGCAGACUGUUCAGAUGAAAAUCGCUGACAUGGAGACACGUCUGGAGAGUGCGAGACUCCUCACGUGGAAGGCAGCGAUGUUGAAGGACGCCGGGCGGAAUUUCACAAAGGAAGCUGCCAUGGCAAAGCUUGCGGCAUCAGAGACAGCCACGUUUAACGCACACAAUGCCAUUCAGAUCCUGGGCGGGAUGGGCUUUGUGAAGGACAUGCCAGCCGAGCGACACUACAGGGACGCCAGGAUCACGGAAAUCUACGAGGGGACCAGUGACAUCCAGAGGAUCGUCAUAGCAACCAAUAUAUUCAAAGAGCACGGUUGUUGAGGCUGAUUGGUUGAAAACUUUCAGAGUUGUAAUUUUUUUUUUUUAGUGUGUUUUUACGAAUAAUUUGGAAGGAAGUUUUUUUUUUCAUGAUUGUUUCUGUCGUAAUGUUAACGAACUGUGACAAGCUGGCAUGAUAUUUGUUUGUAAUUUUUGGUGUGUAUAUUUCAUGGAGUUUUAUGUGAACAGUUUUGGGAGGGGCAGGGAGUACACAAGUUGUCAAGGAGUCAAAUCAGUACAGUAGGCCUACCUCUGUAGCAAUCCUUGCAGAGGAAAUUGAUUUUCUAAAAAAA